GCUAAACACUCCCCAAUGUCCAGUGUAAACCCCCCUGGUGAGCUUGGAAUCAUCCCCACGUGUCCUGUCAGUGGAUACCAGGGAGGAGAGAUCAGCACUUCCCUGUCCAUGUCCCCUCCUCAGGAAGCUGCAGAGAGCUCUGAGCUCCUCUCAGCCCCCUUUUCUCCAGCCCUGGAUCCUCAGCUGCUCCUUGAUGUUCAUUCCAGCCCUUGCCACCUGCUCAGUUGGCCCCAUCUGGGUACAUUUAUGUACCUGAAUGUCCUUAAGUGGUGCAGACAGAGCUCCAAGUGGGGCUGCAGCAGCGCUGAACACAGUGGGAGAUCCCCUCUUUGGCCAGUUCCUAUCCGGAAGCGUCGGAAAGAAACGCAGCGUGUAAAAUCUGGAAAUGGAGAAAUGAGACUUCAGUGGGACUCACUCAGUGCCUCUGGAAAGGAAAAGAUCUGGUUUUCUCUUCUUCCACUCGCUGCCCUGGUGUCUCCAUCAGCCAGAAUGUCCCAUUCUGUGCUGUUUCACUGGAUGAUGAUACAGAUCUUUAUAGCACACACGGUGUCUGAAGCAGUUGUGAGAGGAACAACAGGACAACCUGUGACACUGCCCUGCUCCUACCUGACGCAGCGCUCAGGCAUCUCCGACGUGUGCUGGGGCAGAGGCCCCUGCCCCAAUUCAAAGUGCAGAAACAAAAUUUUGCACACAGCUGGCAGUAAGGUGACGUUCAGAGUGUCGCAGAGGUACAACCUGCACGGCCACGUGUCCUCUGGGGACGUGUCCCUCACCAUCGGGGCGGUGAAGGCGGAGGAUGCGGGCAUUUACUGCUGCCGUGUGGAGAUCCCCGGCCUGUUCAACGACAUCAAGCGGAACAUACGGCUGGAGGUGGCCAGAGCCCCUCCGGUGACCACCACAACCACCACCACCACAAAAGCUCCUGUUUUCUCCAAAUAUAUUACAGAAACAACUUUUGUUCCUCAAGCAACCUCUGAUCUCCAGCCAAUACCAGAGACUUCAGUCUGGCUGACAAACAGCAUCCUUCUACCAGAAACCACAGCCCCCGAGUCUCCAACAGUGACUACAGGGGAGAUCUCUUCUCCCUCAACAGUUGCUAGCACAGAAAAUGACAUUUUUCCUGUAACUAUGGUGGAAACGAGUGCUCCCCCAGAUUUUCCAACUACUUCCCAAGCAGCUGAUGUGAUGACUGAAGAUGUCAUGAUCUGCUCCACACUCCCUGGAAGAACAGAGGUGACUUCUGAACUCCCAGGUACACUUCCAGCUUCAGUCAUUACUGAACUCCCAGGUACACUUCCAGCUUCAGUGAUUACUGAAUUCCCAGGUACACUUCCAGCUNUCCCAGGUACACUUCCAGCUUCAGUGAUUACUGAAUUCCCAGGUACACUUCCAGCUGCAGAGGAAACCACCAGCUUUGUCAUGAUGGAAGAGAUGUCAGUCAUGGGUGAGUAG